GACUGCCGUACUGCAACGUUAUGUUGGUCAGAGAAAAAAGUUAAUUCACGUCCUUUCACUGUAUUUUCUGCAACAGCAAUUCACACUUUAAACUACACCUGGAGCCUCCGACGUAUUUUAGAUACUGAUGAUUGUUCGUUUCUGUCCUCUGUGGACACCAUCACGCUGGGGAGGAAAGACGGGACUGAAGAAGGACCGGACAAAGACUUGUUAUCGAGGGAAGCCUCGUGGAGAAUGAACGUUUCCUGCAGAUGUGCAGCAGCUGAUUCCAGAGGGGUUUCCUUGUAAAUGAAGUCUGGACCUAGAGUCCCAUCUCCAAAAAAGUUGAACCAGAAGAACUAUGUCCCAAUCAAGAUGGAGAACAGUCGAUGAUGGGAUGAUGGAGAGUGUCACCAGUCUACCAAUGAUGAUGGCUCCUCUAAAGAGUGAAGAUGAUAAUAAAGAACCUCAGCCGUGUUCAUAUUCAGCCUAUCAUCAUCAAACCAAAGCUGAGGGCAAUACAGAGGUAGAGACUCCAACCACCAACCCAGCUAAACAGAUUAAAUCAGAAAGUGUUGAAGAAGACUGUGGAGCACCAGAAAUGACCAGUAAUCAAGACCCAAACAUUUAUUUACAACCAAAUAGUGACAGAAAGGCUUCAGGCUUUUCUGAGAUACAUUUAUCACAUUUUGGACCUGAAAUGGAAGACGAUGAUAAAAGCUGGAAUGACAACAAGGCACAUGGAUCAGGUGUAAACAGUGAUGUGGAGUCUAACACGGCCAAAAAGUCACUGAGCUGUUCUGAAUGUGGUGAAGAGUUUGACGACCAACGAUCUCUCCAGAGACACUUAACAAAAAGGUCUUUGAGCUGUUUGAACAGAAAGAAAUGUUUUAGAGUGACACCCAAUGUAAAUAUCCAGAAGAGAGUCCACACAAAGAAAAAAAGAGUUCAAUGUGAUGUUUGUGGAAAAAUAUUUAGUCGUAAAAAACAUGUCGGUAUACACAUGAGAAUCCACACAGGAGAGAAACCAUUCAGCUGUGAUGAAUGUGGACAUAGAUUCAGAUACAAGACAAGUUUAACCGAACACAUGAGAAUCCACACAGGAGAAAAACCAUUCAGUUGUGAUGAAUGUGGACAUAGAUUUAGACACAAGACAAGUUUAACCGAUCACAUGAGAAUCCACACAGGAGAAAAACCAUUCAGCUGUAAUGAAUGUGGACAUAGAUUUAGUUAUAAGGCAGGCUUAACCGAACACAUGAGAAUCCACACAGGAGACAAACCAUUCAGCUGCAAUGAAUGUGGACAAAGAUUUAGACAGAAGACAAGUUUAACCAACCACAUGAGAAUCCACACAGGAGACAAACCAUUCAGCUGUGAUGAAUGUGGACAUAGAUUCAGACACAAGACAAGUUUAACCGAACACAUGAGAAUCCACACAGGAGACAAACCAUUCAGUUGUGAUGAAUGUGGACAUAGAUUUAGACAGAAGACAAGUUUAACCGAACACAUGAGAAUCCACACAGGAGACAAACCAUUCAGCUGUGAUGAAUGUGGACAUAGAUUUAGUCAAAAGGCAAACUUAACCCGACACAUGAGAAUCCACACAGGAGACAAACCAUUCAGCUGUGAUGAAUGUGGACUUAGAUUUAAUCGAAAGACAAGCUUAACCCAACACAUGAGAAUCCACACAGGAGACAAACCAUUCAGCUGUGAUGAAUGUGGACAUAGAUUUAGUCAAAAGAUCAAUAGUUUCAUGUAA